AGAGAUACCUUUUUCAAUUUAAUUCGGAAAAUCAGGCUUCUAAGUGUUAAUUCUAGGAUUAGCAUACCUCCGACAUAAACUUGGUGUCAAAACUCUCUUAUAUAUCUCUUAUAAGUAACGACGUGCUUGUAUCGAUCAGCUUCUUAUUCAUUUCGACCUUCCAAGUAGCAACUAGUAACACGAAUAUUUUUACUAGCGACAGAGGACCGCGGCGUGACCCUAAUACCUUUCAAAGUGGCUUGCGGCACGCGUGUCGGCUACGUGGAAGCACCCUCCGGUGAACAUGGUCUGGAAGGUCGAGGAAGCUCGUAAUAAGCUUCGCAACUGUGCGGCCGAAACGUGGCCAGACUCGAAACGCCGGCACAAUGAACGCUCGUCUUCGGUUACAUCGGUUCGGGAUGGACGAGCCAUUCGUUCAUUCUAGAACGGAGUCCUCGAGGGCUUCUAUAGUAGCUAGACAUCGUUUGGGCAUCUUUCGACGAGAUGUGCUAUGUUUACAAAAGACGUAACAAGCUUUCAGGACCCGUAGGACCUACAGAAGCCAUUUUUAGGAUGUUUGACGCGAGAUCUAGUCUUCCGUAUCACGAUAGCAAGACGAAAGAUCGCUGAAAGAUCUCUGAAAGAUCGUUGACCGUGGAUUCGUGACUCGACCUUGCGUGUAACCUUGCGCGGGAGGAAUCGUGGCGUAGGUUGGCGGUUGGCGCAAACCGUAAAUUGACACAAGUGGAAGCUCCUUGAGUCACGAUAAAACCUCUCGACAAGGACUGAAAAAUGAAAUGUAGUUUAUCGCGGAGCUCGUGUGCCAUAAAGCAACGACUUUACAGAGUUGUAUGAUCGAGUACCUAAGGUGUCCUCUUUCGGUCGAAUGGUCGAGUCCCAGUGUUGCAUUCGCGGCAAUCUGUACAGCUGCUAAACGGUGUCAAAGAGGUCCUCUCGCCCUGAAAGUGAAGCAAAUAUCAGUGAUCAGCGCGCGACGUCCAUGCAAAUAAGCACCCUUCUUCCGGUCUUAUUCCGAACGCCCUUCGCGUCUCUCCGUUAAACUAAAAUCGAUCGUCCUUUGAACGCGACGUGAUCGUUAGUCUCCUUAGGGUGGAUCGUCGUCCCUCGGAGUCCCGAGGAUCAGGAAGGAAUAGACGCGAACAAAUCCAACGACCGUUUCCUCCGGCCGUGUCGACUCGCGACUCCGUCGUCGAGAACGGAGCCCAAGGUUUUAUUUAAACACGCAGGCACCAGGCUCGCGUGACGCUCCAAUUGUCGAGCAUAUUGUGUGUACAGAAAUUGAGGGGAUCCAUGGAAAACGACGGAGAAAGCGUUCGUCACGCAACCACCGCGCGUUUUCCGCUUACGUUACCCCUGGCAGUUUCAAUCAGCCUACAUCCAAGACAAAUGACCGUCGAUUAUCAUCAACGAAGGAGGAUCGAAGAUCAACAAUGGCAAUUACUGUUCACGAGUUGCAAGAUUCUAACGCGUCUCGGUUGAAAAGUCUGCAGGGACACCGACGUGGGUUCGUUGAUCAAGAAAUAGGUUCGUCCACGGAAUUACAGAGGAUGACAGAGACUAUAGCGGGAGGGGUACCAGCAGAGACGAUCGAGACUCUCGUUUAAAUUCUUUCGUUCGAUCAAAAUUCCGCUAUGGAAUUCUAUAAUCGAUAGAAGUUACACGUUGAUGAGCAACCAAGUAAUAGUUGGAUACGAUAAACGUUUACUAAUGUUACACAGAAUUUCGAUUCGUUACCCGCCGUUCAAAUAGAAUUCUGCGAAUCUUUGGGUAACAGGGCUCCCUCCCAGAAUUCCAUGGCGAUGGAAUUUCCGUCGAAUGCCACCGAGCUGGCCGACAAUUUAACCGUGACAGCAGUGAACGCGUCGACGCGUUCGGAGCUUAAUCUACCGUACACAGUGUGCGAGAUCCUGGUGGCCGUGUGCGCGGUGUUCGGCAACGGUUUGGUGAUCACGGUUUUCAGCAAGGAGAGGAAGCUCCGUCGACGCACCAAUUACUACAUAAUCUCCCUGGCCACUGCUGAUUUGCUGGUAGGGCUGUUCGCCAUACCGUUUGCGAUCCUGGCCAGCAUCGGUCUGCCGACGAACCUGUACGCCUGCCUCUUCACCGUCUCCGUCCUGAUCGUCCUCUGCACGAUCAGUAUCUUCUGCCUGGUGGCGGUGUCCGUGGAUCGUUACUGGGCGAUACUGCAUCCCAUGGGAUACUCGCGGACCGUACGCACUAAAACUGCCAUAGGUAUAAUUUGCGUGUGCUGGGUAGCGGGAACCUUGGUCGGUUUCCUGCCGCUUUUGGGGUGGCACGCGGGCAAAAAGUCCAACGAGAAAUGCAUCUUCACCGAGGUGAUGGAUUACGAUUACCUGGUGUUCCUUUACUUCGCCACGAUCAUCUUUCCCGCGCUAUUAAUUGCGGCCUUCUACGCUCAUAUAUACAGAGUGGUCGUAAAACAGUUACAGCAAAUCGUGACAAUGAAUCCGGGACGUCGGUCCGGAAAUCAAACGACAGGGACGAUGCUGCGCCUGCUGGGCGCUGCCAGGAAACGCGAAGUGAAGGCUACGCAGAAUCUCUCGCGGAUCGUCGCCUUCUUCAUCAUCUGCUGGUUCCCUCUGUACACCAUCAACUGCGUGAUGGCGUUUUGUCCGCAGUGCAAAGUGAACGACGUCCUCAUGAACUUCUGCAUCAUCCUGUCGCAUCUGAACUCGGUUGGCAACCCGUUGCUGUACGCUUACCAUCUGAAGGACUUCCGAGCCGCGCUCAAGAACUUCAUGUGGAGGCUCCUCUUUCCCCACAGCGACGUGAAAACCAGCGAGAUCAGCGUGAUACACGAUCGAGGCUCGCUGGUCGGGUCCCAGAGACAAUUUCAAAGACAGUUGGCUGGUCAGCCUCAACAGAGAGGUCAAAGAUCGAGCUUGUUGCGCCAGGUGACGGACGUCAGAGCGAAGGGAUUUUCAUCCGCGCCUCGGAACGUUUCGAUCCGUGAGAAAGAAACUGCGAACGAAAACGGGUCGAGUUCGUCGCAAAGCGACAAACAGGAAGCGGACGAUUGCCUCAACGAUAACUCGAGCCAAAACAGAAUCGAUUCGAAUCUGUCGGGAGCACCCUCUCGCGAGUCUCUGAUGGAACUUCAGACUUACAAGACUAUGGCGCCGCUUAUUCCAGCGGAAGUAGAUCGCGUCGAGGAGACGCCACCGUCGUCGAUCUUCGUGAUCGAGGCGGACGUGAAUCGCGUCGAUUCGAUUCUCGAUAAAAUGGACGAAGAAUCGAUAGAAAGCAAGGACAAGGGCUGAUAACCCUUCCAGAUUCGAACGAAUCUGAAUUUGAUCGCACUUUGAUCCGAUUUAACUCUUUGACUGCGCCGACUUCGGCCCUAGACGCACCGAUACCAAUCAAAGGGUUAACAAUAACUCGAUCGAUGAUGCUUCCAUAGCCGAUAAUAGAUAUUAUCGUUGAGAAUAAUAUAUGCAUGAUUGAAACAGACAUUGACAAGUUUUUGAAAAGUGGACGCAAUGUAUCUUUGGUGUUAGUAUCGUAAUUCGAUGUAUGAUAUUUCGAGUCCCGCCGUUAAUACUCAGAUGUUGCGAACGAUUGAAUUAUUAUAAGUAAUUUAAUUAUAAUUACAUCUUGGUAUUAGAAACGACGCACAGAAUUUUCACUCGUGCGACGAUGGAUUUAGUUUCUCCGCCCUAUUGCGUUAACAAAUUGGACAACUUCGUCCUGUUAUCGAGACUGCGAUUACCCGACUGAACAUACCAUAAUUUGAGAUUAGAUUUUACUCUUUGUUGUGUACAGAAAAUAUUAAAACGUUAACCCUGCUAGAAUGGUAAGUGGUCGACGUUCAUUUUUACCGACAACGAAUAAUAUAUUUUCAAGGUUCACGGAUAUUGUGUUGCGCGGACUCUUUCGACGUAGUUUAUCCUAUAUAAAUAUCAAUUGGAGGACGAGUAUGUUUCGCAAGAUCAUAAUAACAUAUCUGUAGUAACAUAUCUAAGACGAGUACCAACGAUCUCACGUUAUCUUUAAUCCUAAUACGCAUACGAUUAAAAUUUAUUGCGAAAAAAAUCAAUUCUCGAAGUCUUAUGCGUGAUGUAAAAAUUGUCAGUCGACGAAUGCGAACGAACAAGGCGAAUCUCGACUCGAAUUGCAGACAUUUUUACUAGUUGUCGACUUAGGUCCUAUAAGGUUGUCUGCAUGUUAAUGUUCAUUCCGUAUUCUGUAUAUUAAACAUCAAAUGAAAUAAAUGUCAUAAAAAUGGGCA